AUUUUGCUUUUACUUCUUGCUCGUGGACUUCAUCGAUCCCUCCAAUCCCGUGUACUAUUAGCACUACAAAAAUACAUGAUAAAAAAGGAUGACGACCACGGUGGCUUCCUCUCCUCGUGCGAAUGGCACUUCAGAUGGCGAGAAACAGGUGUCAAACCCGACUCCUAGAAGUAGCGACUCAAGCGCAAAUGAGGUGAGGGCCAAACAAACGAGUGCAGGUGGCGGAUCGGGGAAAACAGCGAGCAGGACAAGUCAACAAGUAGGUGGCGCGACCUCGUCAUCUACCAGUGCUGUUCCUAAGAUACGGCUAAAUCCUUUCGGAGAGAAGAGCUCCUUUCUGCGAGGAGACCGCGAGAUAUCAUCGAAGAGGGCUGGCAUGCCACGAAUCAUAUGCCCAAAAAUCGCCAUACUAUCGAACGCAAGGGUCCAGGAAGUUCUGGCGCAAUUUCAGCAAAACAGUACGCCAAGCACAUCGACAAGCAGCAAUUUUAUGGUGGUUCAGGAGCUAUUGCUAUUAAUAUUGAUACAUAGUAUAUGCUAGUGCUAGUGUUACUGCUAGUGUCUUUACCUUCGACCUCGAGCAUUGUUGAAAUGAGUCGACGGACUAUUGUAGGACGCAUGUUCUAACUGUCUUUGACAUCAUAUUCAUCUGAAAUACGUGAAACAGGAAAGAUAAAUUUAUCGAGGAGGCGCGUCUGGUUCUACAACUGACUGAUAAUUCCCAGGGACGAUCUAGUUUUUCACCAGGCUCAACAGACUCAGCAGUGACGCCAACAACACUAAUACCAUUCCGUCAUUAAUAAUUGAGUAGAGCUAGUAGAGUCGUUAUCCUGAUCCUUUCCUGUGGCCGUUCGCCUUCAUAGUUUCCAAACCUCCGUGGCUAUAUUCGGAGUCAAAGGGUAAGGAUCAGACCUUAGUGGCGACAUUGUGCGACGAAGAAGAUGAAUUCUUCACUGAGGAAGAAUUUCAGCUAGACGCUGAUAUUGACGAUGAUGAGCGUUUCGACCACGUAGCAACGGACUUGGCGGGAGCAGAUAAAGUAUUUUUUUUUUAUGAAAUUGGAAAUGGAACUUGUUGUUACUUGUCGUGCUUCUUGUGCUGUUUCGACAGUCUUUUUGAUUACUUAUCUGCAACAACUUUUUUUCAACAAUCGUCUAUUCUACACCGUGUUGGAACGCGCCUCCAACGAUGGGACUGGAAUGGGCUCAACGUCAUCAACAUCAAUCUUCAAUCUUCAACUCACAGACUCCAAACGCCAUAGUGUUGGGACCUUUGCCUUUGACGUGGGUUAUUCCAGAUCCCCAGUACAAGCCGACUCGACCAACACUGAGGCUUCUGCCUGGUUCGAAGUUUGAAUCGUUUUUCCGACAAUGGGGCGUAGUCGAAAAAGCAGAGAUGAUCUUUCGCCAAGAUCGCACGAUGAUGCUAGUCGUCAAAUUUGCGAGGAAAGAAGUGAUGCAGCAGGUACAACUCAUCGCGCGACAUCUGCAUUUUCAUGUUUUUCUUGUCGAACUUACGAAUAUUAGAGAGAUUGAUGAUAGCGCGAGUGCGGAAUUUCCUCAUCCUUAUGGAUGCUAAAUCUCGUUUUCUCACUCACGACAUAGGCUGCACUCUCCCUCUGGGGCACCCGUUACCUGGGAUUUGUCCCGCCAAGCGCAGAGGAUAAACACGAAGAAGUGAGGCCUUGCAAUAUGGAAUUUUGCGAUUACGAUUCUCGAAAGGAGAAAAUGCUAGCGGAACAGACGUCUUUUGAAGAGUACUGAUAACAUCUUCGUGUACUUUUUGAUCUUUGUUGUAAAAAUUGUUUGUAUUUUUUUGAUGAUCUUACUUACAAGGAACAGGAAGUAGAAUUUUCUUCUAGGUUUUCUUGAAACUCGUGAAACAAAUGAUGAAUCAAGUAAAUCACGUCUCUUUUCCAGGGUGACGCGCGGUUUGUCGGCUAUUCAAGCGAAGGCGUUCCGAGAGCUAACGGACAAGAUCGUAGAGUACGAAAGGAAAUGCAAAGGUUUGGAAGCCGAGGUCCAGGUGCUAGAAGAGAGGCAACGACUGCGCAAGAAGAAAGAGCAGCUCGAAAUCGACGGCGUUGACGUAGACAAGAAUGUCAAUGAGGAAUUGAGCCUUCUGGAGAAGAAGAUGAAGCUAGUCGCUACUGGAGGAACAACUGAGCAUCAUGGGACAAAUGCUGUAGUUGAUGCAAAUAUUAGUCGUAAUGCUGAUACGGGAACGGGUGCUAGAGGCAACCUGGGCAUUAAUCUGGUCGGAAUCAAGGAUGAGGUAAGAAGUGCAGCGCAACAGCAGGUCGACGAUGUCAUGUCUGCUGCUGCACCAAAAUCUGCGCGCAGCGUAGUUCGAGCCGCCUCCUCGCUAGAUUCACGAGGACAAAUGUCCGGGUCUCCACGAGGAAGUCCGAAUGGCGGCCUACAGCUUCCGAUCGGCAUAAACGCACCACCAUCGCUACGAAGCAACAGCGGUCUCCUCGAAGUUGUCGAUAAUGCGAAUUCUGGCCUAGUAUUGGAGAACAACAACACUAGUGGGAACAAUGCAACAGCAUCAUCAUCGUCUUUAAGACUUGCAAGCGUAAGUAGAGGCGCACCACCGGCAUACACGUCCUCUGGAGGCCCAUCAAGUAGCACGACUGCUAUGGAACAAAUAAAUCACCAAAGCCUUCAAGCCAAAGCAAGCAGCAGCAUAAGUUCUCCUUCAUUCGGCCAAAGAAAUGUUGAGCCCCUCUCUUCAGAAGCGAGUAGGAAGAACGGAGCUGGUGUUUCAAAUUUAAAUCAUGGUCGUGGUAGUAAAAGUGUCAGUGACCACGGUGCUGAAAACGGAACGAAGCGUGGUGCACUCGAUUCCGGGAGCUCUCUCGACCGACAGUCGAGUUUUGCCGCAAAGAAGGCGAAAAUCGACUUCGGCGAAUUUGAUGAUGAGUUGUAAGAAAUUGCAAUAAAAGGAGUGAAAAGUCAUGUUGUCACUCAUAAUAGUCAAAAUUUUUACAACCACUUAAAAAUUGAAGAUUCCCUCUCGCUCCCACCUUACUAAAGAUAACAUGCCCAACUCCAAACGUCGCCCUUGCCCUUUCUAUUUCCUUCUAGGACCCCUGCGUCGUCGCUUUGAAUUUCACUGGGAUUCUCCAUUCCAUAUACUAUAAGGCGAAAAAAGUAGCAAC